AUCUCCUCUCCUCUCCCGGCUCGGAAUAACCCGUCUCUCUCGCCCGCCCUGUCCUUGCCGGCCGGCCCCGGCCCCGGUCUCUUCUCUUCUUCUUCUUUUUCUUCCCGCUAUAUAUACUGCGCGCCUCACCUUCCCCUCUUUGCAAUCCGUAUCAUCAUCUUGGCCUCGUCAAUCCACCACCACCGUCGUCGCUGAGCUCCUCCUCCGGCUUCGCUUCGCUGUCUUGCCUCCUCCUCGGUCGAAGAAGAAAACAUGUGUCCGGGAUCCGUGGAGUCGUCGUCGGCGGCGGCGGCGGGCAAGAGCGUGUGCGUGAUGGACGCCGCGGGGCCGCUGGGCCACGCGCUCGUGGACCGCCUCCUCCGGCGCGGGUACACCGUCCACGCCGCCACGUACGCCCGCGACGGGGAGGAGGGCGCGGCUGCCGCCGCGCUGCUCGGCCACCUGUCGUGCGCCGCCGACGCGUGCAGGCACCGGCUGAAGCUGUUCCGCGCCGACCCGUUCGACUACCACGCCAUCGCCGACGCCGUGCGGGGCUGCGCCGGCGUCUUCUGCAUGUUCAACACGCCCGACGACCAGGCCCAAUGCGAUGAGUCGACGGUGGAGACGGAGGUGCGCGCGGCGCACAACGUGCUGGAGGCGUGCGCGCAGACGGACGCCAUGGAGCGGGUCGUCUUCACCUCCUCCGUCACCGCCGUCGUCUGGAGCGGCGCCGGCGCCGGCGUCGGCGCCCACAGGGAGGAGGUCGCCGACGAGAGGAGCUGGAGCGACCUCGCCUUCUGCAGGAAGUUCAAGCUGUGGCACGCCCUGGCCAAGACGCUGUCGGAGAAGACGGCGUGGGCGCUGGCCAUGGACAGGGGCGUCGACAUGGUGGCCAUCAACGCCGGCCUGCUGCUGGCCGCCCCCGGGCUCGGGCUCACCGCCGCGCACCCCUACCUAAAGGGCGCCCCCGACAUGUACGACGGCGGCGUCCUCGCUACCGUCGACGUCGGCUUCCUGGCCGACGCGCACGUCGCCGCCUACGAGUCCCCCACCGCCUACGGCCGCUACCUCUGCUUCAGCAACGCCGUCUGCCGUCCCGAGGACGCCGUCAAGCUCGCCCAGAUGCUCUCGCCGGCCGCGCCACGCUCGCCGCCGCCAAGCGACGAACUGAAGGUGAUACCACAGAGGAUCCAGGGCAAGAAGCUCAACAAGCUCAUGCUGGAGUUCGCCAGCGGGGUAUACGGGGAGCUGGACUAGGAAGGAACUGCCGUGCCAGGCCACAGAUGAUGCGAUGCGACUAGGGCUGUUGUAUUCUUUUGUACGUAGUACUAUUUGUAGUUUUCGCCCCCCUCACAAAAAAAAAGGAGGGAAAUCUGUUUGGUUGGCCAAAAUGUGCCAUACGCUCGCUGUACAUGGCCAAACACGCCACGUGUGUUGUUGAUACAGCCCCUGCCAGCAGCAGGGGUGGGUGGGGAUGGGGAGAGCAUUUCAGUGAUCGGGUUGCCAACGAAAUACAAUAUCAUAUCUAGGUUCGUGAGUUACAUCC